UUCUUCUUCUUGUUUAUAUCUCUCUUUUGUUCUCUCUCUCUCUGUUUCUUCUUCUUCUACUCUUGUCCCUGCUCAAAAUCCAACCACACACUGCACGCACUAGACACUUCAGAUUUUCUUUUCUUUUCUCAAAGUCUUGUUCUUUGUGUAGCUAUCAACAGAAAAUUUCUUGAGGGUCUCUGAUUUUUUUUCACCACAUGGAGAGGGAAUUUUUUGGCUUGAGUUCCAAAAAUGGUGCAUGGACUACUAUGAAAGAUGAUGCUGUCAACAAAUCAAGAGACCAAGUGAGGAGUUCAGGAAUGCAGUGGUCAUUCCCAAACAAGGUCUCUGCCCUUCCUCAAUUCCUGUCUUUCAAGACCAAUCAGGAAGACAAGCCUAGAAAGACUAUUCUUGAGCCACUAGCUUCAUCUGGAUAUAUGGCCAUGUCAACUCAAUAUGCUUUUGACUCUAACCAAAAAUCAUUCUUGGGUUUGACCAACAGAAAUUUGUCCAUAAGCAAGCAUGCUGCAGGGAACAAACAAGGAAUGACAGUUUAUCCUCUACAAUGUUGUGAUGCACAGUCAGAGGAAGCAAGAAUAUUUUCAGUGUCCAACCAAUCAAAUCAAGUGAGUCCUGUUCUUCAAUCUAAUCUUGCCUCUACCGGACUGAACAUGGUCAAUUCAGUCAUAAAACCACAACCUUUUGGUUCCAAAUCCUCUGGCACACCUCUAUCUAUUCUUCCAUCAAUAGGUUCCAUUGUUGGAUCUACUGACUUAAGGAAUUAUUCCAAAAACUCCACCAUGCCUACUCAGCUUACGAUUUUCUAUGCUGGUUCUGUGUGUGUUUAUGAUGACAUUUCUCCUGAGAAGGCCAAGGCUAUCAUGUUAAUGGCCGGAAAUGGUUAUACUCCAACUGAGAAAAUGGAACUUCCCACGGUGAAAUUACAGCCAGCAAUUUCUAUUCCCUCCAAAGAUGAUGGUUUCAUGAUAAGCCAAUCCUAUCCACCCUCAACCUUUCCCACCCCUCUCCCAUUGACCUCUCAUGUCAAUUCUCAGCCAGGAGGAGGAUCUUCUAGCAACAAAGAAAUUUCAAUAAUAAGACAAGUAGGACCUUCAACUGCUCCUACUAACCAUUUGGGAUCACCCAUUAUUGGUUCUAUAGGAUCUGCAUCUAAAGAAAAGGCUCAGCCAGUUUGCUUGCCUCAGGCACGUAAAGCAUCCUUGGCUCGGUUUUUGGAGAAGAGAAAGGGAAGGAUGAUGAGAACAUCGCCAUACUUAUAUAUGAGCAAGAAAUCACCUGAAUGCAGCUCUUCUGGAUCAGACAGUGUCAGUUUCUCCUUGAACUUCUCUGGAUCCUGUUCACUACCAGCCACCAACUAGCCCUACAUGAAUGGAAGUUUAGAUUUAUAUACUUCUGUAAUUGUAAGAUCAUUUUUUUUUUGUCAUUGGUAGAGAAAUUUCGUAGGCAUUUUUGUCCUAAAUAUUGUUUUGGUUCCCGAGUUUUUUUUUUUUUACAAUUAUUACUUUUUGCAGUAUUUUACUUCACUGUGAAGAUUUUUCCAAAUCGUCAUAUAUGAUUUUUUUUUUUUUUUUUACUUUCAUCAUGAUGUAUAAUUAUUUCUUUUAUACAUAUAUUACAGUGAAUAAUCUUCAGAUUUAUUAUGGCUAUUGGAUUGAUCAUUGAUCGAUGA